GGUCGAGCCGCUUCUCUUCCAUCGCCCCACCUUGGUGAUGAUAAGUGAGCUAGAAACAUCGUCCCAUCAUCAUCCCUGCCCCUGCGCGCACCCCGCCCAUCUCCGUUCCACUUCAGCUGCGCUUCCUUCUCAUUCAGCAAACGCACUGUCCUGUGGCGAGAGAGGGGUCCUUUCCACCCCACAGCCAAACAAAAGAAGCCUGGAAAAGGAGAAAAUCUCGCAAAGACUUCUUAAAGGGCAGGAGGACCCCUGAAUUCUGCGUUUUUGUGUGAAGACAGCAGCGUUCUUGAGGAUAUUGCAGGAAGGAGCACUGGGAAGCUUUUUAAUAUCCAUCUAUUGUCAGUGUGUCAUGUGGAGUGCGGGGUCACACAGGAGGAUGACCUGUUUUUCACCUGUCGUUCUUCAGUGUGCAUCUGAACUGCUUUGCUUGCGAGAAGACUCUCUCUGAACAAUCCUCCAACACGCGCUCAGAUGCUCACCUGGGUCUGUGUCCGGUUUGGGCUCCAGUUUUUCAAACCAUCGCCUCAAAGAUCUCACUGUCCGGGGUGAUAGAAGCGCUGGAGCGAUGCAGUCCAUCCUGUCCUCUGCUGUCGUGCUAUGCUUCCAGGUCGUGUUACUGUUCUACAGCCCAUUACAGGUGUUAGCGGUGGAGAACGUUAACUUUGGAGUACACGUAGAGAACCAGACAGGGGUGCGAGACGGCCUGAGCCGGAAACACCAUCGGGUUUACCAACUAUACAGUCGGACCAGCGGAAAACACGUCCAGGUGCUAGGCAAGAAAAUCACAGCCAUGGGAGAGGAUGGGGAUAAAUAUGCCCAGCUCGUGGUGGAGGCCGACACCUUUGGGAGUCAAGUGAGAAUAAGAGGGAAAGAGACAAACUACUACUUGUGCAUGAACCGUAAGGGGAAGCUUGUAGGGAAGAAAGACAGCAGCGUAAAUGGAGGCUGCAUUUUCAUCGAGAUAAUGCUUGAGAAUAACUACACCGCUUGGAUGUCAGCUCGCUACGUGGGCUGGUACAUUGGCUUCACUAAACGGGGACGACCACGCAGAGGUCCGAACACAUUACCCAACCAGCGAGAUGUGCAUUUCAUGAAACGCUUCCCUCCAGGAGAACAGCCCGACCUGCAGCCUUGCAGCUUUACCACGGUCAGCAAGAGGAGCAAAAGAGUCCAGCAGACCUCUACCUCUUCUCCACCACUUCAGUAA